GUCGUCUUUGAGGAGGAGUUCAGCAGCUCUCCACAUUCUCCAGCCCAGCUGCGCCGCACGCCUCCCUUCACCGUGUAGCCCGAUUCAACGAGAAGACCUUCCAUUAUUUGAUUCAGCUCUUUUCUUCCAUUUAUCUGUUGCUUCGUCUCAGCUACCUUGAUAUCUAUUUAUCAUUUUUUGGCAGUAGGGUUAGUAUCCUAAAUCUAUUAGUUGUUUUGAGAAAUUUUAGUUGUUUAUGGUGUUCAUUUCCAUUGACUAAUCUUGACUGCAACAGCUUCCUCACUAUUGGAUUUCAUGUGCUUCGUUUGUUUUUGAUUAAAUACCAUCUUUCUUACACAAAUUCAAAUUGAUGUCUCCACAGCCUGGUUAUAAUUUUGGCCUUUAGAUGCUGAUCAUGUGUCUAGAUAAGUCAAGUUGUUGGUAUGUAAUUGGCUAACAGUCUAUUGCCUAGAUGGGAAUUCAAUACGGCUGCGCACUUGUUCUAAGUGAACCUAAGAGUGACAAGGGAUGCAUCUGCUGAGAAAGAAUUAUGAUACAACUGUUUUAGCCAAGCAGUUAUGGUUAUGGUCUUACUUAGUACCACUGUACUUGGCUUACUGUCAUAAAACUUAUGCUUCAACGAAAUCGAUUAUUAUUUAAUCUCUUAGAUUGCUGAUUUCCACUUGACUUGGAUUACUAUCAGAGAAGUUCUUCUCCUAUGUAUUUGACUAUAAUUUGAUCUUAUAUCAGAUUUGUUAGGUAAUGCUCGAAGAACUGCUUUUGCUUUUUCUUGUAAAAUAAUUUCAUGGGGAAGUAUUUUGCAAUACUAGAACUGUUAUGAUAACCCUAAUAUAGAUCUGAUUGGUAGUUUUGUUCUUCUCUUAUCUGUUAGUUCAUGAAUGUAAUUCUUUAUUAUUUAUUUCGGCAGGGUGUUUAUGGGUAUACAAUGGAAAUUCAAGCACUUUUUUUGUUGGCUUCAAGAUGUGCUAUGCUUCUAUGCAAUAUUUUCUCAAUAACAUAGUUUAUUCAGCUGAGUUGAACAUCUUUGGGUAUUUCCCCUUACCCACUGUAUAUCAAUAUGGUCCUCUUGCUGAGUGUAUAUCGGUAUAGGCACCAUGUUCUCAAUGCACAUGGCUGUGGUAAAAAUGGACUAUGCACAUGCCCUCAAUGCCAAGGAACAGAAAAUGUUUCAUUUAAAUUGUAGUUCUUGGUAUAGAAGAUGUUGUCAUCUUCUGCUAUUUCAAUGCUUAUUCAUGCAAUUAGGUCAGUUUGUUUUCCUCACUUCAAAUUGAGCAAGCGAGGACUAUCCAAGAUUGGGUUAUUUAGCAUGUUUUCAAAUUUAGUUUGCUUUGAUAUAUUUGAUAUUCAAAUUUGUGUCGUUUGAUGAAAUUUAUUUUUAUCUGUUUUAUAUUGUUGUAGUUUGUAUGUAUUUAAUCUUUCUAUAAUUUGCUUUUAUAUCAAUAAUGACUAAUGACAGAUUAAGAUGUGUUGCAAAUAUUGUGUUUUUAAUAUGAAAUUCAAGCUCGAGCUCAAACUCAAGCUUUUUGAUCUCUUAGAUCGAGCUCCAGCUCUUUGAUUGAGCUUGAAAUUGAGCUCAAGCUUUAUCUUUUAAACGAGUGCAUUUACCAUCUAAACGAGCUAAUCUGAAGCCCAAAAACAUGUUAACAAGCCGAGCUCGAAUUAGGCUUGUUAAUAUGUUAAAAGAGCUCAUUAUAAGCUGAGUUCUAGUUCAAUAAAAUUUUCACGAAUCGAGCUCGAGCUUCCAAAUGCUUUUGCUAAUCAAGCCUAAGCUUUCCAAUUCGGCUCAGUUUGUUUCGAUUCGAUUACACCUUUUUACUUUUUUGGUGGCAGUUAGAACCGAGGAUGAGCAAAGGUGAUUUGAUUUCGAAAGGAAAUGGUUUUGAUCUGCUGGAUCAAUUCGAGCACAUAUUGGAUUCCGAUCCUCUGAUUGAUGAAGUAGGGUUUAUUCACCCUUCCCAAUUCGUGAUUCUAAAUAAAGAAGCGGAGAGUAGCAAACAACAAUCAAAAGAUGAGAUCUGGAGCUCCGACAAUUCCUUGGAUCAUGAGGAUUCCAAUUUUUGGAACAGAGAUCAUAAGUUGGGGAUUUCAGCGCACGUACUUCUUCCUUUGUAUAAGGCUGCCAAAGAUGCUUUUAUGGAUUCAAUUAGACAAUAUAAGAUAGUUGAGAAUUUGCCAGGCGCAUCUGAGGAUGAGAUGGAUUCACCUAGGUCUUCAGCUAUGGAAAGUGAGGUCAUGAAGCAUAGCAAGGCGCUCUUAUUGUUGAGCUGUGACUUUGGCACUGCAUGGAAUUCCAGGAAGUUAAUUUUGUCAAAGAAGCGACACAUGUCUUUGUUUAGUGACGAACUUCUCUUCUCAGGCCUUGUUCUUUCAUAUUCACCUAAAAGUGAACAAGCUUGGUGCCAUAGGCGGUGGGUGAUCAAGAUGAUUGCUGGGCAAUAUUCAGCUGUGCAAGAGAUUGUUGGGAAAGAAUCUGAUCUAGUGGAAAAGAUAGCCGAGAGAUCAAAAAUGAACUACAGAGCAUGGAAUCACCGCUGCUGGUUAGUUUUUUACAUGACAAGAGAACAGGUGCUACUUGAGUUGAACAAAUCCAGAAAAUGGGCUGGGUUACAUGUUGCUGACAAUUCUUGCUUCCAUUAUCGCGCACAACUGAUGCUCACGAUUUUAGACCUGUCCUGGCACAAACAAGAAGAUGAAACUUCUGAUCACGAUGUUGAGGUUUAUCAAAUAUGGAAGGAAGAGCUUCUCUGGAAUGAAGAUUUAAUCAAACGUUAUGUAGGAAGAGAGGCUCUGUGGCUGUAUCGCCGGUUCCUUUCCCUGUAUUGGACAAGGCAUUUCGCAACUAAUGUUGGUGAUGCAACCCAUCAAUCCAGGCACACUUCGUGUGUAGCUGAUGAUGUCAAUAUCUUUUUAGAUAAUGAGCUGCGUCUUGUAAAUUCUUGCUCAACUAUACCUGACAACAAGUUUGAGGAUUUUCAUGCACAAUCAAUACAUGCUGCUACUUACAUAUUAUGGUUGACAAAGCAACUUCCCAAAUCCCAGGAGAUUGAACUGAAAAAGAAGCUAAAUGCUGGAAGCUUGUUGACCAUGAUGAAUGAAGCUUGUCCUGAACGAUCCCCACUCUGGAGCAACUGCCUACAUGGAAGCAUCUAACUGGUGGCUGAACGAGAACAAAUAAUAACUUAGAUACCAGUGUCAAAGUUUUUCUGUUGUUGAAUUUUGCGUUAUUAAGUUAGAGGAUAGAUUGGGUGUCACAUUGAAAUUACUCCAUUCGGAAUUUGGAUGACACGGGCUCGUGUUCGAGCCGUGAACAUAGUUUCCCUGCAAACCAAGAACAAGGCUCCACAUAUCCUCUCUAAAGCUCACAAAUGUAGGAUGUUUCGUGUCCUAUGUCACUCGUGUUGUUGAGCUAGUAUUGCCUUAGUAAUUUCAGCGAAUAUAGGAAGCGUUAUAGAGCAUAUGAAUGUCUUUGUUGUUGAACCAGCAUCGCUGUGAAUUAGAGUAGGCAGCUAAAAGGCAUAAAGGAAAGAUCACGUGUUGAAGGCUUAUGAAUUCUGGUUUCUCGAUGUACUUGUAUUUAUCAAAAUAAUUAGAUUAACUGAAUAUAUAAUUUAACUUUUAACUUUUGUUCAAAAGGUUUAAUGGUAUUUUAAUUUUUUUAA